GUUUGGAACCAUCCAUGGCUUAUUAAAACACACUCAGAAGUUCCCCGGUUUUGAUGAGAUGUUGUUGUUUUGACAUCUAGAGACUGAUCCAAGGUGUAGGCAAUGACUCCAUCAUAAUAUUCAUUAUUUGCUAAACUGUGACUUCUCACUGACCUUUGCUCCCUUGCCCCUAACCAGUGUGGACACUGUUGGUCAGAGUGAGGAACAAAAUGGCUGAGGCACAGCCACUUGUGGCAGAUGGCAAUCAGAAGUUAUUUCCCUGUGAAGUCUGUGGGAGAUGCUUUGCAACAGAUGUUCUGGAAAGACACAGGCCGAUAUGUGAAAAAGUAUUCAACAAAAAACGCAAACCCUUCAAUUCCUUGAAGCAGAGAUUACAGGGAACAGACAUUCCCACUGUGAGUAAGCCUCCCCAGUCCAAGGUUCAGCCUGUGAGGAAAUCUAACUGGAGGCAGCAACAUGAGGAGUUCUUGAAUGUGAUCCGAUCCGCGAAAGAGUGCACUCUCGCCAUUAGAGAGGGCCGGCCUCUCCCACCUCCUCCCCCGCCAACAGUCAACCCAGAUUAUAUUCAGUGUCCUUACUGUAUGAGGAGGUUUAAUGAAACGGCUGCCCAGCGACAUAUUAAUUUCUGCAAAGAUCAGUGUUCUCGGCGCGUCUUUGAUCCGGCCCAAACAGCGGCCAGACUAGCAUCGAGAGCUCAGGGUAAGGCCCAGGCAAGUCCCAAAAAAGAACCAACUGUUACGAGUGCUGUGGGAGCCCUGCUGCAGAGCAGAGCUGUGGAAACCAAGAAUGAAGCCACGGCUAGUUCACGAGCGACUGCGCCGCCUACCUCUAUUGCCGUUUUCCUGCCAUGGACUGAGAAUGGAACCUCGGCCCUUGCUCACUCUAUGCCAGUGUUCUACUGCUGA